ACUUCGUUUCAUCAUCAUAUUCAUCAUACUCGUAAGUUUUACGUAUCGCGUUCGAUUUUAACAUUGCUUUGCUAGCCUAGAGCGUGUGACGUACAGAAUGUGAGCAAUUUAGUCUGUCUGCUCUUCAAAAAUAAUUGACAAAUUCCUGUCAGCGUGUACAUCUCAAGUGCAACUCGAACAGCAAAGUUCAGCCGUCGGUAACUAUGAAGCAGUGUGGAUAAAUAAAUCGUCAGCAUUGAAAACCAAUAGGAAGAAAACAUAGCUCUUCGACUUAUAAAACAACACGCUGAUGUGGAGGAGACAGAGAGCAGCCCAGCUUCCUCCGAGGACUCGUACGGCACAGGAAGCACGGGCAAGACUUACUUCGAUGAAGGGGGUUACGUGGCGGGUGGGGUGAGAGACCACGACCCUUACGUGCGGAACCGUUUCAACCAGGCUGCCUCUGACAACCUGCCGAGUAACAGGGCGAUACCUGAUACGAGAAAUGCUAUGUGCCGUUUAAAGAAAUACGACGAUGACCUCCCGGAAACCAGUGUCAUAAUCACGUUUCAUAACGAAGCGAGAUCGACACUCCUGCGCACUAUCGUCAGUGUACUGAACCGAAGUCCGGAGCAUCUGAUAAAAGAGAUCAUUCUCGUGGACGACUUCAGCGAUAACCCUGAAGAUGGCGCAGCCCUCCGCGCAAUCCGCAAAGUUCGUGUAAUCCGCAACACGAAGCGUGAGGGACUAAUGAGGUCCAGGGUGCGUGGAGCGGAAGCCGCCACGGCGCCCGUGCUCACUUUCCUCGACUCUCACGUGGAGUGCAAUGUGCACUGGCUCGAGCCUCUCCUGCAGAGGAUAAAAGAGGAUCCAACACGUGUGGUGUGUCCGGUGAUCGACGUCAUCAGCAUGGACACGUUUCAGUACAUCGGUGCAUCGGCGGACCUUCGCGGCGGUUUCGACUGGAACCUGGUCUUCAAGUGGGAGUAUCUGUCACACGCGGAGCGGAGCGCUCGAUUGAGCGACCCCACACAAGUGAUCAGGACACCUAUGAUAGCCGGGGGUUUGUUCAGUAUGGACCGGGAGUACUUCAACAAGCUGGGCAAAUACGACAUGAAGAUGGACGUCUGGGGCGGCGAGAACCUUGAAAUAUCAUUUCGAGUCUGGCAAUGCGGGGGCUCGCUAGAGAUCGUGCCUUGUUCCCGAGUGGGACACGUAUUCCGCAAGCGGCAUCCCUACACAUUCCCGGGAGGCUCGGGAGCCGUGUUCGCACGUAACACCAGGAGAGCAGCCGAGGUCUGGAUGGAUGAUUACAAGGAACUUUACUAUCGCUCGCAGCCGUUGGCCAAGCAGGUGGAUUAUGGGGACAUCUCAGAACGCGUCCGGCUCCGGGAGAAGCUGCACUGCAAGCCGUUCCGCUGGUACCUGGCGCACGUGUACCCCGAGCUGCAGGUGCCGGCGAUGGGCGCCGCCGCGCACUCCAUCCGCCAGGGCGCGCGCUGCCUCGACACCAUGGGCCACCUGGUCGAUGGCACCGUGGGAAUGUAUCCCUGCCACAACACUGGUGGCAAUCAAGAGUGGUACUUCGAGAAUAGUCUCAUCCGCCAUCACACUGUCUGCAUUUCGCUGUCACCUGAUGACCGGGUGACGGCAGUUCUAGCCGCUUGCGACCCCUCAGACGACGCGCAGAUGUGGAAGAGACACGGCCAGAUGAUAAGGCACGCGAAACUUGACGCCUGUCUAGAUUCAGACAGGCCUGCGCUGUAUCUAGAGCAAUGCGAUGACACUAAACUGAGCCAGCAGUUCUCGAUAUAAUUGUUUGUCUAGAUUGUGUUGGUUACGCCAGUUUUAGAUAAAAAUUUUGAAUUUGUAUUUCGGGAUUACUUAGAAUUUUCCAAUAUUUUCUAGGGAUCUUUACUUGAAAAGUAAAUGAGGAACUUAUAGCAUAUUUGCCUAGCGGUGCUAAUUUUCUAUUUUACUUAGCAAGAUACACCUUUAAAGGCUAGACCAUUUUUACCCAUGGAAAAUUUACCUUCGGUAAUUAUGCUGUUUGUCUGUAAGUAUUCAUUUCUUCUAUGUUAUUUUAAUCUUCUCUAAAGUUGUGUAAAGUUGUUUUCUUACAUUUGUUAUUCUAAACCUGAGUAUUCGGAUAUGUUUGGUUGAUUUUCUUAACUUAAAUUGUUAAGUAUAGUACUCUUAUACAGAAAUUCGGCCUUAGAACUCAGGAUGCAGCGGUAGCGGGACCACGACACGCGUACGAAUAUGAAUGUACUUGCGUACUCGAAGUUAAAUAACACUUAAGCUGUAAUAACUUGAAGACUUUACUGGCAAUGGAUCCAACGCAAACAACCCACUUUUCGCAAACCCCACUAAACUUGUUCAUCUCUCACCAAGUAAGUUCGUGGGCGCUGCCACCGCAGCGUUCAUGCAUCCAUACACAUAUGCGGUGACGUUCGUUUUGAAAUAUAAUAGGAGUUCCUCUACCGCUGCGGGCGCGGAUAAAUAUCGCUUCAUGAGUUGUUAACUUUAAUGGUGAUGGAAUUUUCUCAUAUGUAUUCCAAUUAGUUUACAAUUUAACAACAAGUUUCAAUGAACUGGCAUAACCAACUGUAUUUCAAUUAUCGUUAGGAUUUGUUGGCCUGCCGAUUUUACAGGUCAACAAAUCCCUAAGUUUGCGUGCUCAAUGUACAUUAAUUUAUGUAUUUUUUUUACAUUUUAUCUCCGAAUUAUUUUAAGAGGGCGAAGUUUCUUAAAUUCAUCGAUGGCUGAUCUUAUUUAUUAUGAAGAUAAAAUCACAAAAAUUAACUUAAUGUUUUCCACUUCCGAGACUGAACUGUUUGGAAGAAAUAAUUUUAAAAAUAUUUCUUUAUAAGUUAACGCUCAUUUAUAUAUUAUGGACGCAACUUGUGUUUGACAUAUCUAUGGUAAUUGCAUUUCAUUUUCACGUGAUCUUAAUGGCAACAUUAUUAAUAUAAGCAUGCGGUCUUACUCCUAAUCUUUGAAUAUCGCUUACCUAAAUUAAGUACUAUUUAGGUAUUAUUCAUACCUUUCUUUCUAUUGGCAUAUAGUGAAAAGAGAGAGAAAAACUUUAAGCAUUUCUUAACUUGACAUCGAUAACUGUGUGUAAGGCCGAUAGAGUGGUGAUACAAUGACAAAAUAUACUUUUAAAUCUACAACCAAACAGCCAAAUUACACUGGAAUUAUCAUAAUCGAGUUAUUGCCAUGUUGAGACGUGUCUCCAUUUUUUAAACAAUCUCGCUUUUAUUUAAGAUUUAUUUAAAACCUUCAGAAUGAUAAAAUAGGAUCAAUUAUGUAUUUUGAGCAAGUGUAUCGAUCUUAUUGCUAUUACGUAGAAUAUUAAAUACAAAAACAUUCCAGAUAUACUGUGUAAAAUGGUAAGUGAUAAAAUUAUAGCAAAUAUCAACUAGGUUCUACACUUCUACAUAUAGUUUUGUUUAGUAUCUUUAAGAUAAUUCUUGCUUGAUUAUAUAAUAUUAAUAUGCAUAGAAUAUACAAUUAUUACAUUAAUUACGGUUACAAAAGUUAAAAUAGAUUUUUUUUGUUUUGUAAAUAAGACGACAUUAUUGUGAUAAACGUUAAUUUUACUCUAGUAAUGAAAUUCGUUAUAAUAUACUAAAACGAUACCUUUACAUGACAGUACUAACCAUUGUCAUUUUACGUUACAUUUUGAUACAAAAUUUGUACAUAGUUCAAAAAUUGACAUUUCAGCACUUAGUUACGAAAUAUCACAAAAUAACAUAAUUAUAGUUACCAUGUGUAAAUAAAUAGGUAAGUACACUAUAAGUGCCGGGGACGUGGAAUGAAGUGUAAUGUAGGAAAAUACGCGUUAUAACCUGCGGUUAUAAUAAAAAGACACCUUAUUUAGAGAAGUGAUAGGUUAUAAAAUACACUUAGAUGUUGUAGAUCAAAGAAAUUUAUAAAACGACGAAAGGUUCUCAGUUUUAAAUCUUAUUUCAUGUAUAUUUUUUAAAUGCAACUUAAUUCUGAAAGAUUAUGUUUUUUUUUUAAUUUGAAUGAUUGAAAGGCAAAGGAAUCGAUACCUCAUACUGUAUCUGUAUUAUCUGACGAGUAUUUUCACAGACUACUAAGAGGAAGUAUUUGGUUUUAAAAAUUCUUCAAUAUGUUGAUAAAAAGUUUUGAUAAAUUUGACAACAACAACCCAACAAAACAGUAAUAUAUUUCUUUUUAAACCCCUUGUCAUCACUAAACUAUAGUUUAUAGUUAUAAUACUCUUUUUAACUUUAAUUUUUAUAUUUAGGUAGGUAUAUUUACAAAUGUUAUGUUACGUUUUAUUUUCGUAUUAAAGUAUUAUUUUUGUAUGUAAAAAUCAUUUGUACAAAUCUAAUGUUAUUGUUAUUUUUAUUUGUAUAUGGAGGAAAGAUUAUAAUUUUUAUUGAUCAAAAAUUGUUACUUUUAUAAAUAAAUUUCAUGUUUAUAAAUAUAAUAAAUGUAAAUCAUAUAGCUUAUUAAGUUACAACCCAUAUAAUCUAUAAAACAAAUAUAAUGCGACACAAUUUUUUUCUUGAUUUCAGCGUAAUGGUAUCGACUAUCCCAAACAAAAACCUAUUUUUUAUAUUGCAGGCUUAUAAUUUAAUUGCAUUAUAAUGUUUUAGCCAACCUUGUAGUUAAUUGACGUUAGACUGACUAACGUGAAACAUAGUACUUAUAGUAAAUUCGCUUUUUAGUGCCAAUUCCAGUUAACAACUCUCUCCUUUAUAUAAAUUAUCUUUCCGAGCAUACUUGCACCGUGUUUCUCUAAGUACCACAUUUCGUGUAAUGAUUCUACAUUGCGUGACAUUACAUAUAAUAUGUAUAGAUAUGAUGUAUCUUAACUAACUAGGGAUAUUUUUAAGCUUAUCAAGUGAAGAUAUUAAUAUUGCCCAAAAAUAAUAUAGCAAUGUAACAGUGAAGCAAAUUGAAAACUUUUCAAAGGCAUUUUCUCUCGCGUGUUUCUUUAUUGUCAAGUAUAUUUAAGGGAAAAUAAAUUGCAAUAUCAAAAAUAAAAACUAUACGAGUAAAAGACAAAAUUAACUCUAAUAUUAUAUACAAUAUCAAGCACCUAGAGCACAAAAUUAGAAUUUGUAAAAAAGUGCUUUUAAUGGCAACACAAAAAUGUUUUAUUAAUACACGUGACUUUCCUAGUCAGAUUUCUUUGAAAGUUGCAAAUAUCGACUUAAAUACUUUAAGAAGUGGUGAUUUUACUUUAGUGAGAGAAUGUGAAAUUUUGUCG